AUGGCGGCGCUUUUCGUGCGCCAGAUCUUGACUUUGACACUGAAGAAUCUCCUGGUCGCCUUCAUUCGCCGCUGGUUCUCAACCACCCUGCGUGCGUUCUUUCUGCCAGUCGUCUUUGUCGGAUUCCUGUCUUAUGCUCGUUUCCUGUUCAUUCCUCCAUCUGUCUAUGGCAUAGGUGAGGCUACGCCCGUCCGAGGCCUUCCAGAGGCGCUGAGCUUGGUUUCCGGCGGUCGAGACAAGCUUGUCUUCGUCAAUAACGGGUUCGCCGAUGGAUCGAUCCAGUCUGUGAUUGACAGGGUGGUGAACAAUACGGGCUCUUUUGGUGGCCAAGUUGAGAUACUGUCCCAAGAGGAGGAGCUUCUGACCGUAUGCCGGAACUCGAUCAGAGGAACCAGUACCUGCAUCGCUGGAGCGGUGUUCUUCUCCUCUCCCUCCGAAGGCGAGGCUGGUCGUUGGAAUUACACAAUCCGUGCUGAUGGAGGCCUCCAGACCAAGAUCGUGACUGAUUCUUCUAAGAACGACGCCGAGAUCUAUUUGCUCCCCCUCCAGCAUGCCAUCGAUCGAGCCAUUUCUGAGGCUGAGGCAGGCAGUGACACCGGCCGCAUUCUUCCUCAAACGACGGAAGAGUAUCCAUAUACUUCUAUGACGAAGGAGGAGCGCUUGACACAGAUUCGGACACGGUACAUGGGUGGUAUAAUUGACAUCCUCGCCGUUGCUUUUUUCAUCGGAAUCGUUGGUGUCACGUACCAGCUCACCGGAGUCAUCGCUUCGGAGAGGGAAAAUGGCAUGGCUCAACUUCUUGACUGCAUGAUGCCGAACCGCAAGCGUUGGCAGCCACAGAUGGCGAGAAUCAUAGCCAACCACCUUGCUUUCGACGUGCUCUAUGGCCCCGGCUGGGUCAUCAUGGCCAUCAUUCUCUCUGUCGGUGUCUUCAGCAAAACUUCAGCUGCGAUUGUUAUCAUCUUCAACAUUCUAUCAGGACUGGCGAUGUCGUCACUGUCAAUAUUUGGCGGCGCAUUUUUCAAGAAGGCUCAACUUAGUGGCAUCACCUCAGUCAUUACAAGCCUCUUGCUUGCUAUCAUUGCCCAAGUUGCCAGUAAGGCGGGGACCGCAUCUGUCGCCAUACUUUCUCUCCUGUUUCCACCCAUGAACUACGUCUACUUUACGAUCUUCAUGGCGCGCUGGGAGAGGCAGGACAUCGCCACAAAUCUUGUCAAGAGAGCCCCCGAAAAUACGUCGGCAUUACCUGGAAUCGCUUUCUGGAUCUUUUCAAUCAUUCAAAUCAUCAUCUUUCCCAUCCUUGGGGCACACGUGGAGCGCACGCUUUAUGGGACCGCCUCGAGCAACCGAAUGGCCACGCAUUCCGACGACCGUACGGUGGUUUCGUUGCACGGCUUUACGAAGGAAUAUCCGCCUUCCCGGCUUGCCCGCCUACGAGCAAUUUUCACCAAGAAACGACUUACAACAGUGCUUGCCGUCGACGAUUUGUCACUGAAUGCCACGAAAGGUCAGAUCAUGGUACUACUCGGCGCGAAUGGGAGCGGCAAAUCAACUACCCUGGACUCGAUCGCUGGGCUCACUGCGAUCACCUCUGGCGAUAUUACAGUGAAUUAUCCCGAUCCUGACACGGGCCUGGGCUUUUGUCCUCAGAAAAACGUAUUGUGGGACGAUCUCACGGUUGAGGAACAUGUCCGCAUCUUCAACAGGAUCAAGAGUAUGAGUCCGUCGGCAAAGGAUGAAAAUCUCCAACUUCUAGCUUCUUGUGAUAUUGACCGAAAAGCCAGCGCCCGUUCCAAGACAUUGUCCGGGGGCCAGAGGCGGAAGUUGCAGCUUGCUAUGAUGUUCACUGGUGGCUCUCGUGUCUGUUGUGUGGAUGAGGUCUCCUCCGGGCUCGAUCCCUUGUCCAGACGCAAGAUCUGGGACAUUCUACUGGCCGAGCGGGGAUCAAGGUCUAUCAUCUUGACCACACAUUUUCUGGACGAAGCUGAACUGCUCGCUGAUCACAUCGCCAUCCUCUCGAAAGGUACUCUCAAAGCCUCAGGAACUUCAGUGGAGCUCAAGCACAAGCUGGGCUCUGGUUAUCGAGUGCAUGUGUACAAGACCCCUGGAUCUCAACAUGUAGCUACAUUCAAGGACACUAGCUACGUGCAGCGGGAUGAUCAAACGAUCUAUUCGUUGACAGACUCGGCGAAAGCGGCGGAUUUCCUCAGCCGUAUUGAGGCUGAAGGAUUUGCGGAAUACCAGGUUAACGGUCCAACAAUAGAAGACGUCUUUCUCAAGGUCGCCGAAGAGGUCAAGUCGGACAACGAGCCCACCGAAAAGACAGCUACAGGCCACACCCUCCAAGAGAUCGGUAGCCACAGUCGCAAAGAUCUGGACAGUGAAGAGGUUGCAAAAGUCGUGAUGGGAAAUCACACGCCAGCACAACCUCCUCAGCUCUUCGAUGGACGCCGAAUCAGUAUGCCUCGGCAGGCUUUGGUGCUCUUUUCGAAACGCUGGGUGGUCCUGCGCCGCAAUACCCUACCUUAUCUUGCAGCUCUGCUAAUCCCCAUCAUCGCUUCUGGACUUGUCAGCCUUUUCCUCAAAAAUUUUCAAAAGGCUGGUUGCAGUCCGGCAUCUUCGACUCUAGUUUCCGACAUCAUCUCGCUUUCAACACAGAUUGACUACGAGCUUGUCGCCGGACCCCGUGAUCGUCUUGGUGCGGGCGCCAUCCAACUCUUGGCUUCCACCUUGGCGGGCAGUACUGGGGCUGCAGGGAUAGCAGCUAACACAACAAAACUACUCGAGUCAGUCCAUUUCGUUGACAAUCUGGCUGAUUUCAACGACUAUAUCAACAAUCGCUACGCUAAUGUAACCCCAGGUGGGUUUUACCUCGGUGAUGAGAGUUCUCCGCCUACGUUUGCAUGGCGAGGCAACGGCGACAUUGCGUUCCCGGUCAUAAUCCAGAAUGCGAUGGAUACUCUGCUCUCUAAUGUUUCGAUUUCCAACCAGUACCAAGCCUUUGACGUCCCCUGGGGAGCCGACGUUGGGAAAGCAUUACAGUUAAUCACAUAUUUCGGACUAGCGAUGGCCGUGUACCCUUCGUUCUUUGCGCUGUAUCCGACAAUCGAGCGACUACGGAACGUCCGUGGCUUACACUACAGCAACGGAGUCCGCUCGGCACCUCUGUGGCUUGCAUACACGACUUUCGACUUCACGAUCGUUCUCCUCACAAGCGCGGUUGCCAUCAUCGUCUUUCGUGCCGUCAGCGACGUGUGGUACCACAUUGAGUAUCUUUUUGUGGUCUUCUUCUUAUACGGCUUAGCCUCGACCUUGUUGUCUUAUGUUAUCUCCCUCUUUUCGCGCUCGCAACUCGCAGCAUUCGCAUUCGCCGCUGGCGGCCAGGCUGUCAUGUUCCUGCUCUACUUUAUUGCAUACAUGUCUGUCCUCACCUAUUCACCAAUUGACAAAAUCGAUACCAAUGUCAAUAUCUGUCAUUUUACGAUUGCAGCAAUCUCGCCUGUGGCAAAUUUAACCAGGGCACUUUUUGUCACCUUGAAUGUGUUCUCAAUCACAUGCCGAGGCCGACAAUUUGCCUCGUAUGCAGGCUCGAUGACAACUUUUGGCGGGCCAAUUCUGUAUCUAAUAUUGCAGACCUUUUUCCUCUUUUCCCUGCUCUUGUGGUGGGAUUCCGGCCCGUUGUUCCGGCGCCUGCGCGGGAAGAAACAGCAGGAACAGGUCGAAGAAAAUGACACUGUGGAGGCAGAAGUCUCAAACGAGCUCACAAGAGUGAACUCUGCGCAGGACGGCCUCCGUGUCUUGAACUUGACCAAGACAUUUGGGAAAACGCUCGCCGUCAAUAACGUCACCUUCGGUGUCCCUCGGAGCGAAGUCUUUGCGUUGCUUGGACCCAAUGGCGCUGGCAAGUCAACAACAAUAUCCUUGAUCAGAGGUGAUAUUCAGCCAAGUCGCCAUGGAGGCGAUAUCCUGGUCGACGGCAUCUCUGUUAUAAGCCACAGAGCCGAGGCAAGAUCUCGCCUCGGGGUGUGUCCACAGUUCGACGCCAUGGACACCAUGACUGUAGCUGAGCACCUUCACUUUUACGCCAAGGUACGCGGCGUUAGGGAUCCCCGGCAUAAUGUCGAAGCGGUCAUGCAGGCAGUUGGUCUUGAGCAGUACGCCGACAGAAUGGCUGCCAAGUUGUCUGGAGGUAACAAACGCAAGUUGUCUCUCGGAAUAGCACUUAUGGGCAAUCCGAGUGUGCUUCUUCUUGACGAACCUUCCUCCGGCAUGGACGCCGCUAGUAAGCGCGUCAUGUGGAAAACAUUGGAGUCGGUUGUUCCUGGCCGAUCACUUGUGCUUACCACCCAUUCGAUGGAGGAAGCAGACGCGCUCGCAACAAGAGCUGGGAUCAUGGCGGGCCGGAUGCUGGCGCUGGGGACAACUGAUUACCUUCGCAGGAAGCAUGGAGACGCGUACUAUGUCCAUGUGGUAAAUCGCCAGGCCCCUCAUGCUUCGGACGAAGACAUGCAGCGCAUCCGAGACUGGGUCCUGGAAAACUUUCCGCAUGCAAGCAUCGAAAGUAAAGUCUACGCAGGUCAAAUCCGAUUCUCCGUGCCGACAAAAGGAUUUCUUGCUAGUAAAGUUGGCGGCAAGAUUAGCGGUGGGUCUGGUAUUUCGUCUCUAUUCUCGGCCCUUGAAACGAACAAGUCGGCUCUGCAGAUCGCAUACUACAGCGUCAGUCGGGCGACCCUGGACCAAGUGUUCUUGAAUAUUGUGACCAAGCACAAUGUCGAGGAGGAAGGUGGCGAAAUCGUAUCUGCACCAAGGACCAGUGUGAUCAAAAAGCUUUCCCGGGUAAGUUCCCACUUCGGGAAUAAAUGA